CCUAAUGGCCUAAUCCCUCCCCCCACUCUCUCUGCUCAGUAAAAUUCAAGCUGUUCUAGCCCUAAAUCAAUCUCAGAUGCCCGAUCAUGUCUAAAGAAUUUGUUUCAGAGAUUCAAUUUCCAAUCGAACAUGUAUCGAUUCAAAUGUUAGUUCUUCUAUAGAAAUCAAAGAAAAAGUUUUGGAUUUGAAAGAAAACCAAAACCCAGAGAAAAACGGAGUUGAAAUUACCGUAGUCGAUAAAGAAGUGGUAAAAGAAGAUCAAAUAUUAUCCAGGGGUUUCGAAGCAAAACCUAAUCCCGAAGAAGAAAAUAAAGGAAAUCAAGAGAUUUUUGAGAAGGGUUUAAUAGAAGAUUCAGUUAACGAUUCAGCAAAAGAGAUAAUAGUAGUAAUGAAAAGAAAGAAGGGGUCUUUCAGGUACAGGAUGCAAUUACUGAUGAUGACCAGAUGAUUUUCGUGAUAGAAAGACCAGAUUUUGUUGCUCCCGAUUCACUUUUAGCAUCUCAAAAUCCUCAGCCUGAUUGUGGGGUAUGGGAAGAAUCCUCAGCUCAGGUAGUAAAGAAAUGGUGGCUCACACCCGAACUGACAUUGCUAAUGGAAUGGGUUCUAUUGGUAUGUGUAAUUUACAUAAGAAAUGUUCCAAGAGAAAAUUUACAGAAACAAAUUUGAAGAAGAAUGUGUUGAGUACGUUUAUUAAAGCUAAGAAUGUUUGUGAAAAUAAAUCAGAUGGAAGUAAGCGAAGGUAUACGAGGAAUGAAAUGGAAGAGCUGAGAUUUGAAAAUUCGGAUCAACAACGCCAGAUAUGGCGAGAGAUAUACACUGGGUUGGGUCCUAUUAUAGCCAAAGAACUUAAUUGUUCAGCAGAGGAUAGGCAGAAAAGUAAUGCCAACACAGUCAAACGAAAACAGCGUCGUCGCAAACCCAAGCAGCAUAACCAACAGCUGCAGCAGUCACAGGAGCAUCACCAAUACCAGCAGCAACACCAAAAACACCCACAGAAGCCUCACCAACAAGCUGGAGUGAACGUAGAGAAUGCCUCAAUUCUGGGUGUAACAGGUUGCUCUCAAAUUAUGGAGCUUAACAUGGAAGAAUAUAGCUUAGGUGAAGAGCAUUCUCGGAUUAUGGACAACACCUUUGUUGUUUGUGAUGACCAUGAUGAUGGAGGCACAUACUAUGAAAACGAGGAAAGUGACGAUGAGUAUGAUAGCAUAAAAAGACCUGCCUUUUAUGUUGAAGGAGAUCCUGAUUUUGAUUCUGGCCCCUCAGAGGAUGGAUUAGAGUAUCUUAGGCGUGUCAGGUUUGAAGCUGCACAAAUUCCGGAUGUGAAAGUCGUAAAAGUUGAUAAGAGUAAGCUGGACAAGGAACAAACAAAAUAUAUGCCUGAGAUACCUGAUAUUGCUAAGUGCCCGCCUCACUUACAACCAUCCAAAGAGUGGGAGAAUGCAUUUCUUGCUGACUUUUCUGAGCUCAGACAGGCUCUGCCACAUCUUGAGGGUUCGAAGACCUUUCAACCCAUGUCAGUUGCUGAUGUAGAUGAUGCCUCGCGGUGUUCUCGCGAUCCAACAGUAUCUGUAAUUCUUGGAAUGGAUGAUGUGGCACGUGUUUCAAUGCUCAAAGGGUGCAUCAACUCCUUUGAAACAAAAAGCAGUUUGUGCAGGAAUGACUGUGCUUGGUUAUUCGCUCUAUUUGUGGCUGUGGGUAUCCCCUUGAAUGCAGACACAACUGCUUCUGUACGAAGUUUGCUUCGGAAGUGUGCAAGUUUAAGGGCAGGGAAGUUAGAAGCUGGUGAGGACGAUGACGAGGUUGUGAUGUUGAACAUGUUAGCUACAAUCUGUGGGAGGUUCUUUGGGCAGUUGGACUGAACUAUUGAGUUUGUUUUUUUUCCUUUCUGUGGGCGCGUGCACUCUGGGGGGUUCACUAGUUAUGACUAUUAGUCACUUUCACUGUUUAACUCUUGAGAAUGUUCACCAAGCAGGGCGAUACAAAGCAAACACCAUCUCUCAAGUUUUUGUGUACCUAAAUUUAAAAAGACUGCUCAGCGGGAAUCAAUUAACUUUAAUACUAUUGUUAAACAUUGUCACUGUAUUACUGUAACGUAAUGUCUUUGGUUGAUUAUACUACGGAUCUGAAUUCGAAAUUUAUCAUCACCAAACUUU